UCAUAACGAUUGUAUUUUUUUCUGUCAGUGUAGGGGUUUCUUUGAAUUCUUAGUGUAUUUGACAAAAUUGUGUCGAAAGAAUAAAACAAUUCACUGGACGUUUAGAUUCAAUUGCGAAAGUUUGUCUGCAUUAAAAAUUACAGUCACUGGCUUCAUACCAACUGUUUUAUUUCAUGUGAAGGUCACUUAUGAAACAUCAUUAUGACAACAACUCAUUACAGUACUGCCUUUGCUCAUCUGGUUUCUGCUGGUGCUUCCUUAUGGGCAAUUAGGGCUAGUGGUACCCAGAACUUCCCACGUGGGAGUUUCGGAACAUUCCUUAUUAAUUCAGCAAUAGGUAUUCUGACAUUUGGUAAUCCUGAAUUUGGUGAUAAAUUGAGGGCCGUGUACAGACACACAUUAUUUCUGAGUAAAUGUUUUGGAUUACCAUGCAUUGCAACUCAAGUAUGCCUCAACUCCGGUGUCCAGGAGGAAGUAGCAUAUCUUCAUUUGGGAUUUUCUGCCUUACCUAUUAUAGCACAUUUUUUGGAGGACAGACAUGAGAAGAACCUACUGGAUACAGUGCUGUUAGGUAACCUAAUAUCAGUUGUAUAUUUCAGUUAUGUCAGUGUAAAUUAUUAUGGAUUUGCAUUAGUUGUGUCAUACAUGCUUAAUCAUUUUGUUAUUAGAACAGAUGGAACAGCAUUUGAUACAAGUAUACCAUCUCUUGACUUGUUCAUGUAUGGUCUUUGCUUUUUUUAUUUCUUUGCUGUCAAAACCAUAUCUGACUGAUGUAUUCUGUUUGCAGAUAUUCCAUUUAAUGUUUGAAUUCACUGCAGUUUUUGUCACAGAUAUUUGUAUAAAGUACCAUGUACUGUUUUACCUCGUUACUGUAUUCGUUUUUUUGUUUUUCAUAUGCAUAUUUUAUGAAUAAAAUUUUUUAUGUAGAUUUUUA